AUGGCAUCAAAAGAAGGAGAUUUCCCAGCGCUUACCGUCUUUAUCAAGGCACUUCUAGAAAUUUUCGAAAAGCACGGAGAUGAAAACGAAACGGUGUCGAAAGAAGAUAUAAAGAAGCUUAUCUCUGAACAGGGAUUUCACGAAGAAUUGUCAGAAGCAUUUCAAGGCAAAUUUGACAAGGAUGAAUUGAUGGGAAAAGAAAGACUAUCUUUCCUGGAUAUUAUUUUAAUCUUGACGCCUUUACUCAUCUUUCCCCUUCUGAACAUCGAGGAUAAACUCGUAACCGAAGAAUGCAAGACUGACUGCAAAAGUUGUCUAUCGAAAGCGAUCAAAUUCGAAAAUGGCUCUUAUCAGCUGUCUGAAAAUGGGUUCCCGUAUACAGAGGCGAUUCAGAAGCCAUACAAAUGUCUCUUCUGCCUGAUUCUCAUGUCAAUCUACUGGACAUUCGAAGUCACUCCUUUGGCCGUAACUUCCUUGAUGCCUAUGUUUCUAUUUCCUCUCUUCGGACUUUUGCCAGCAAAAGAAGUUGCGGUCCAUUAUUUCAAGGACACGAACUUUCUGUUCUUUGGAGGCUUGAUCGUCGCGAUUGCAAUUGAAAAGUGCAAUUUGCACUUGCGAAUCGCCCUGCGUGUAAUGAAAGGGAAAGGGUGA